CAGCGCCCUGGACGAGGAGAUGCAGCUGUCUGCGAGGGCACGAGCGCCUGUCUGGUGAAGAGAGAGGGACUCAUCUGCUGGCAGGAGAAGGAGCAAGAACUUAUAUGUGGGAAAGGAGAGAAGGAAAAGAAAGAAAACAAGGAAAAGUGGUCUUUGAAAUAGACAAGUGUUGUUUUGAGAAAACAUGAGUAUCAUGUAAAUGUGCUGUAUGCAAGUGCAUCUAUCUUCACUAUACUUGUGGAAUUCGAAAAUAUGGUUCUCUAAGUAAUACACAAGAGGAAAUCACACAGAUGCAUACAUUUUCUUUCACUGCCUGUAUCCAUACCUCCAUGAUAGUAGCAUGUAAACUUCUGUAUGAAAAAGACUGGAUAAAAUCUUGAAGAAAGAAAAGAAACGCAAGUGAGAAAAUCUUCAGCGCUACUUCAUCGUCUAAAAUUCAUACAGCCAUCAAAUGCAAAUUACAUUGUUUAGCGAAAAAUAAGAAACCGUACCAGACAUACAGAUACCGCGGGAUAGAAAAAAAACAUUAUAAAUUGUUCUAAAAGUCUUUACAAAUGCGCUACGUAUAUGCAAGUGCCUGAAGCCGAGCAGACCUUACGCCCCUGCGGAUGACGAGAGGGCGAGACAUGCAGCUGUAGGCGCUUUGCUGGCAUUAACUUACUUAACUUCUAUUACCGCCUCGUCGAAUAAUAAAGGAGAGCAAGAAAGCCCGAGAAAGAGAGAGAGAAGGACAGAGGAACCACAAACCCUUGAAGAGGCAGAACUGACGGCCUUCGGCGCCUUCCGCAGGACGAGGAUGAGCUGCCGCGGGCGCGACGGGGAGCCUCUGCUGGUGGUGGAUCGCUGCUGCUGCUUCUCGCUGAGGACGGGCGCGCUCGUCCUCGCCGCCUGUGAGAUCAUAUUCCUCCUCGCCAUCAUAAUUCUGAAUAUUGUUCUCCAACCAAAUAAAGAAGGAGCAGCUGUUGUUGUGGAAGGUCUGCUUCACAUCGGGGUAGCGAGUGUUCUCAUCCAUGGAGUAAGAACAAAACAGAACCAGCUCGUGUGGGCGUGGGUGUUGGUGCGGACCGUACUGCUGGUCAUGGAGAUGCCCGUCGUCAUGAUCUACAGUGUGUUUACUGACUUGACUUUCACCCUGUGUCUGCUCGGGAUCAGUCUGCUCGUGUGCUGCUGCAUCCUUGUCGUGCGCUCGUAUGCCCUAAGCAUGGACACCGACGAGGAGCGAGUCAACCUGGAGGAGGUCAGCGCCAACAACUUCACAGCCCUGGAGGACGAGGCGCGCGUGUGAAAGGGAAUGUACGAGAUCUCUCCCCACCCAACUUCUCUAAGUUUUCGCCUUCAUCUUCCUCUCUUUCAUCCAUUCACUCGGUCUAUCUGUCGCUGUCUCCUCCUCAGCCUGUCUGUCUGUUUGCCUGUCUGUCUGUCCGUCAGUCAGUCAGUCAGUCAGUCAGU